AGUUAGGUGCUCGCUGGCUUGAUGGCCAGCCAAGCGGUUUAGGGAUUUUUAAACAUAACCAGUUCACUUGGGUCUUCAGUUAGUCUUAUCUUUAAGACAAAGGCUAAGCUAACAGCCAACGUUCAUUUAGCAACCUAAAUAGUUAAGCCAAACAAAAUAGACUGACAUGGCAGAGAGAAUGGCAGAGAUGGAGGAAGACAUUGGAGAUGUGCCAGCCGGAGAGGAUGACAAUGACUCAGACAGAGAUGAAGAUGACAGGCUGUUUGCUUGGAUGGUAAAUGACGAUAUGGAUGAGGACGAGGUGGAGGAUGAACAGCCCUUGGACACUGAAGCAUCCGAGUCCUUUGAGUUGGAUACCCCAGCUGAGCGCAGUGGUCAUAUAGCAGUGGUUGACAGAAACAUCAUGUAUGUCUGGGGUGGAUACAAGAAUGCUCAAAACAACGGAUUCUAUGACUUGUACCUGCCGAGAAGUGAGAUCUGGACAUACAACAUGGAGUCAGGAGUAUGGACAAAGCAUUUAGCCGGAGGUAACCUGCACACAUCCAUGUCGGGCAGCUGUGGGGUUUGUGUGGAUGGAGUCCUCUACCUAUUUGGAGGUCAUCACACCAUGGGAAACACUAACAGGAUCUCCUGCAUUCUGUGCUGUGCUUUGCAGAUCUACCGCCUGCCCCUGAGAGCUCCCAGCCUCGUUUGGGAGGAAAUGAGGGAUCUGAAAGGACUCCCUCCAUCCUGCAAGGACAAGCUAGGGUGCUGGGUUCAGAAGAACAGACUUAUAUUCUUUGGGGGCUAUGGCUAUGCUGCACAAGGACCUUAUCAAGGGACUUUUGAAUAUGAUGAAUCGUCUUCACUUGCGUGGGACAGCCCUGGGAGAGGCUGGAACAACCACAUCCAUAUCCUGGACCUGGAGACAUCUACAUGGAGCCAGCCUAUCACUACGGGGAACACCCCAUCACCCAGAGCAGCUCAUGCCUGCGCCACAGUUGGUAACCGAGGCUAUGUGUUUGGUGGACGAUACAAGAACUACAGGCUAAAUGACCUGUACUACAUCGACUUGGACACGUGGGAGUGGCAUGAAAUGAGCGUUCCCCAACAUGGUCCUGUGGGCCGGUCUUGGCACUCCUUCACUCCUGUGUCACCAGACCACAUCUUCUUAUUUGGAGGUUUCACCACAGACAGGGAGACACUGAGCGACGCUUGGCUGUACUAUGUGAGCAAAAAUGAAUGGAAGCCUUUCAAACACAGUCACACAGAGAGACCAAGGCUGUGGCACACAGCGUGCUCCGGUCCUGAUGGGGAGGUGUUUGUGUUUGGAGGGUGUGCCAACAACCUGUUGUCCAAUCGCAGAGCUGCUCAUAGCAAUGAGUUACUAGUUUUCAACGUUCAGCCUAAAUCACUAGUUCGGUUCUGUAUGGAGGCAGUCCUGCAGCACAGGGAGCGUUUGUCUAGUUACUGGGACUGCUUACCUAAACACCUCCUGCACAGCCUCAAACAGAGAAUGGCACAUGUCAAUACAAUGGGCUCGUAGGCUGAGAGGAAGCCAUCAAUCUACUCCGGAGGAUUACUGUGUGUGUGUGUGUGUGUGUGUGUGUGUGUGUGUGUAAGAUCAAAGAUCAGUGUCACCCUCAAAGCAGGUAGUCCUAUUGGAGUGUUAGUUUAAUGUGUGUGUACACAUACAAAAAAAAAAAAAUCUAAGCAAUAGUGAACAGCUGUGGAACUGUUGGAGAUAGGUACUGACUGGCACACAAAGGUUCACAGGCGAUCCUCAAACUCUCCAUUACCCUUUUCUGUUAAUUAUCUUAUAUUGAACUCUUGCAAAGACAGUAGAACCUUUUAGUGGAGUAGCAGUGAAGGUGAUGCAAGUCCUGCACUACUUUCAGGUUAGUUUUUGUUCAGCUUAAUUUUUUCAAGAGAACUUCUUUUAUGACUCCCUCUUAAAAUGUAAUAUCAUGGUUUUGUUUCCAUAUUUGAAGAUAAAUGUAUACAUGCUUCUGUACUGGAUAGGAAAACAAGAGGGGGGUUGGGGGGGGGGGUAGUUUGGAAAGGGGGCAGGACUUUGGCUUUGUGUUUUCGCAAAGUCCCUUUUCACCAUGAGUAUAGUAAAUCUUGUAGGUAUACAAGAGUCAAGGGCAAAGUUCUGCUCCUAUAAACAAACACACAUGCCAGUCACUUGCUAAAACAGAACCAAUGUUAAAUAUGUGUCUAAUGUCUUAACACUAAAUGCAGUGGUGCAAGGCUGAAAGCUUUUUGUUUUUUUAGGGAACCUGUUGCUUUAAUGUUGAAUAUUGGAUAGUUUUCACAGACCUAAAACUACUGCUUUGUUACGCAAGACUAUCUACUCUGAAGCCACAGAAAUGUUUAUUCUUAGUUUAUACACACACUCUUGUGAGGAAAUAUGGGGGUUCUUGUUCUCAAAAAAAGCUUUUAAACCUUUUAAAUUGUAAUUAAUGGCUCCUGUAGUACUUUCAUUUAAUCAACUUAAAUACUGCGAGUGUAUUGGAUGUUGAGCCACAUUGCACUGAAAUGCCUAAUGUCAGUAGGGCUUUAUUUGUAUUUGCCUGGUUUGCACAAUGUUCCCUUGGUGUUUUUUAUUGUAGAAUAUGGUGCAUAAUGUUACUUUAUACUCAAAGAAUAAACAUAUACC